AUGCGAAGGAAUCAUCAACCACAGACUUUCAAACCAUUCCAAGGACCCUCCCUAAGGGCCCCAGUUGUAUCUUUUCCCUCCUCCCCAUCCCAGAGUAGGACCGAAGUCAUCGACCAAAGACUCAUCGAAGGCUCCCUGCAACCAAGAUACAGCAGUCCAUCCCCCCAACAGCCUUUCAGUACCCUGGCAUCAUCUCUCCACGAUGAAGAUCCGGAAUUGGAUGCUUUUGAUCUGGAACUACUAGCUCAGAACGAUAGACAAAUGGCGAUUCAAGAUGCAGAUCUAGGAUUUCGACCGGCUUCUUCACUUCAAUUAUCCUUCCAGUGUGACCAUCAGCCGCAGAAUAUCUCUCGUUUCUUUCAGCCAAGUUAUAGUAUCACUCCUCACAGCGGUGAUGCGUCUACUCCGUCGGGUAUUGGGCCAAGAUUACCUUCGAGUCCUUUAGCGCUGUUUCGUCCGAGAAAGGAGGCGAAGCAGAUAGAGCAAUACAACCUGGAGAUGAAUCGUGGCCCAUAUCAUGAGGAUACUACUCAAUCGUCGCCUCAAACUUUGUCUACCCAUGUGAGUCCUGGAGCGAAGAUUGGCAACCAGCACCGACAAGGGCCUCCCAGUCAUAUCCCGCCGUCCGUUCGAGGCAUCGUGCUCGUUUCCGUGAACGACAUACCCGAGAAUUAUCGCUCGAUGUUCACUUUCCCAUUGUUCAACGCCAUCCAGUCCAAAUCCUUUCACGCUGUCUAUAACAGCAACGACAACAUCGUUCUCUCGGCACCAACCGGCAGUGGCAAGACAGUGAUCAUGGAACUGGCAAUCUGCAGACUCCUCAACACCCUGAAAGACGAACGUUUCAAAGUCGUCUACCAAGCACCCACGAAGUCACUCUGUGCCGAACGAUUCAGAGACUGGCACUCCAAAUUCUCAAGCCUGAAUCUCAAAUGUGCAGAGUUAACCGGCGACACGGAUCACAUGCAACUGCGCGUUGUGCAGAGUAGUCAAAUUAUCAUCACAACUCCAGAGAAGUGGGAUAGCAUGACUCGGAAAUGGAAAGAUCACGGGAAGUUGAUGCAGCUCGUGAAACUGUUCCUCAUUGAUGAAGUACACAUCCUGAAGGAAACUCGCGGUGCAACCCUCGAGGCGGUUGUAUCCCGGAUGAAGAAUAUCGGAUCGAAUGUUCGCUUCGUGGCGCUCAGUGCUACCGUUCCCAACUCUGAGGAUAUUGCUACUUGGCUUGGCAAGAAUGCCACAAAUCAUCAUGUUCCUGCGCACAGAGAGCAUUUCGGGGAGGAGUUUCGUCCGGUUACGUUAACGAAGGUCGUUUAUGGGUAUCAGUCUACUUUGAAUGACUUUGCUUUUGAUAAAAUCUGUGGCUCGAAGUUGCCCGAGGUCAUCGGAAUGCAUUCACGCCAAAGGCCCAUUAUGAUUUUCUGUUGUACACGAAACUCAUCCCUUUCAACAGCGAAGGAGCUGGCUCGUCUUUGGACGAUGACUAACCCACCAGCCAGGCUUUGGAAGGGGCCUGCGAGACCUCUCGAUGCUCAUAACGAUGAUCUGAAGACAACUAUCGCCGCCGGAGUCGCAUUCCACCACGCCGGCUUGGGACCCGGGGACCGCCACACAGUCGAAGCAGGCUUCAGGGAUGGCCACAUCAGCGUGAUAUGCUGUACAUCAACCCUCGCAGUGGGAGUCAACUUACCAUGUCACCUGGUGAUAAUAAAAAACACCGUCAGUUGGCAAGACGGGGGCUGCAAGGAAUACUCUGAUCUAGAGAUGAUGCAAAUGCUCGGUCGUGCAGGAAGGCCUCAAUUCGAUGACAGUGCGACGGCAGUCAUCCUCACCCGAAAGGAACGUGUGAAUCAUUACGAGAAACUCGUUUCUGGAUCUGAGAGUUUGGAGAGCUGCUUGCAUUUGAAUCUGAUUGAUCACCUCAAUGCCGAGAUUGGGCUGGGUAAUAUCUCCGACAUUGACUCCGCUGUCAAAUGGCUUGCUGGGACGUUUUUGUUUGUCAGGCUUCGCCGGAACCCCACGCACUACAAGCUCAAAGAGGGUGCGAAUCAGGAGGACGAGGAUGAACUUUUGCGACAGAUUUGUGCGAAGGACAUUCAUCUCUUGAGGGAGGUUGGGCUUGUUGAAGCUGACAGUCUUUGCUCAACUCAAUUUGGCAAUGCCAUGGCUCGGUACUACAUCCGAUUUGAGACUAUGAAAGUCUUGUUAUCAUUGAAGCCACGAGCAACACUGUCCGAGACUCUCAACGUUAUCUCCCAAGGCGACGAAUUCCGCGAGAUCCGCCUGAAAGGAGGUGAAAAGUCCCUCUACCGCGAAAUCAAUUGUGACCCAGGCAUCCGAUUCCCCAUCAAAGUCGACAUAGCUCUCCCAUGCCACAAAACCUCCCUCCUCCUCCAAUCCGAACUUGGAGCAAUCGACUACCCAGACAGUGAUCAGCUCCAAAAGUACAAAUUUACCUUCGCCCAAGACAAAACCCUCGUCUUUUCCCAUGUCAACCGACUAGUCCGUUGCUUAAUCGAUUGCCAGAUUGCGCGCGGAGACUCAAUCGCUAUCCUCAAUGCCUUGGAACUUGCUCGAAGCUUCGGUGCAAAAGUUUGGGAUCAUUCCCCUCUCCAGAUGAAGCAGAUUGAGCAAGUUGGGGUGGUUGCUGUUCGGAAAUUUGCUGCUGCCGGUAUUACCAGUUUAGAAUCUCUGGAGGAAACGGAGGCUUAUCGGAUUGAUAUGGUCCUUAGUAAGAAUCCGCCUUUUGGGGCGAAAUUACUCUCUAGGCUGAAGGAGUUUCCCAAGUUGAGGGUUGCUGUUAGGAUGUUGGGGAAGGAAGUCAAGAAUGGAGGUGUCACUCUUCGGUUCAAGGUUGAGGUUGCGUUCAUGAAUGAUAAGAUUCCGACUUUCUUUCAACGACGCCCGGUUUAUGUUUGUUGCUUGACCGAGACGUCCGAUGGCCGCAUGGUUGACUUUCGACGUACUGGUGCGAGCAAGCUCCAGGAACGGUUGGAUAUUGAUCUUUCUGCGGAGUUGACAAGUGCUGAGCAAUUUGUUGUUUGCCAUGUUAUGUGCGAUGAUAUUGCUGGAACGGCGAGGCUGGCUGAGCUCAGACCUAAGCUUUCGCCUCUGUCGUUUGCUCCUGUGCGAGGAGGGAAUCUCACUGCAACGCAAGCAGGCCACUCAACGGCAAACAUUUCUCCUUCAAGCAUCCGAGAGAUGGUUGCUAGCAGUUGCACGUCGAGACCUCACCAAGAUUCGGAAGACCAUGUUCAAAAACGGGUCGUGGAUGUAGGCAAAGCGACGAGCAUGUCUCGCUCAAAUGUUUCAGCCGUGGCCAGAAAUACUCCCAAAUCACGCCGAGACUCCAAGGAUUUUGACUUCGAUGGCGACGAUCUGCAACUAGACGAUUUUCUGGCCGUGAAUGACCGCUCAAGCAAACCGAAGCAUUAUUCCAGGCCGACGUUCCAGCCAAAUGUUGAGAUGGACUGGUUCUCGAUCGAUACCACUCCAAGUCCGCCCCAGCGAGGAACGAAAGUCUCAACCCCUCGAGACGACGAACGGGCCGUAGACAUGAAAGAUCAAGAAGACGAGAACCCCGAGCCGAUUCGACUUGCUAAUGGCAAAUGGGCUUGCAAUCACAGCUGCAAGCAUUUUUGCUGCCGGGAUGGCCUGGAGAAGCCUCCGAAGCCUACCAAAAAGCGGUCCAUCCCUGCUAUCCAGAAGGAGAAUGGCCUCAAUCAAUUGACAAUUUCUGACAGUAUCACGAAAAUUAUUCCCACGACCAAUUUCAAUCCAGGGAGCCAAAUGGCAAAGCAACGCACCAGUGAACCCAAGAAAACUGACAAUUCCUCUAAGACAAAGAGCUUGACGUCUCAGGUCGGAAAGAAAACUUCAACCCAAGCAAAGUUUGCUCUAUCAGAUAGAAGCACAAGUAUCUUUUCGAGCAAGACCAAGCGAGUGUUGAGCCCAUUGAGACUCCAUUCGAGUGAUUAUGGUGAUGAUGACCUCAACGAUCUGAUCUCUCCAUCACUCCUCCUCGGAGAACCAGGCACCAGCUUCGCAAGACCAAACUCUCCAAUGACAGAAAAGCAAACACAACAUACCUUCGAAGCUGUCCCCAGCAUCGCGAAGAAGCAUGCAACAUCUUCAGCACCAUCUGCUCCUCAAGCUGAGUCCUCUCUUGGAAGCCAAACCAAACCAUCAACCCCCAAGACUCAACACGAGGUAAUCGAGAUCCAGGAUGACACUCCCCCAGAAUAUGAAGAGCAGGCAGUACCAAAACACAGGAUUCCUCCAAAGCAGAGCACACUGUCAACGACAAUGGAAAGAAAUAGGGCCCGCAGCCUGAAACGAAAGCCAAGUCAAAUCGAACGCCGGAACGACGAAAUCCAGGACCGUUCCAAGCGCAAUUCCUCCAUCUCUUCUUUUAUGAUUCAGCCUUUGAAAUACAUGGCUGGCGAAACACCACUCUCGCUACAGAGGGAGGCGUCUUCUUUCUCUACGCUUGAAGCUGGCGUGGGUUUCACUGCUGAAUGGCAUAAUGAUGAUACUUCUGAUUUGCUUGAUAACUUCAAGGAUAUUAUUGAUUUUGAUUAG